AGAAAAUAAAGACACCGUUUGUUUCGAACGCCGCGUAGUUCCACGGGCACUUCUUUCGACAAAAGCAGAGUGCGCGCGCGACACAACUUUCUGGGUGCUCCGUUUUGGUAUGGCGAACGCUCAAGAUACUCGUACCGCCGCUGUGUCUUUUCGGUAUGGCGGUUUCGAACAGGACAUUAUUUAUGGACGUGCAAAUUACAUCAAUGAAAUGAGCUGUGGAGAAGUGGGGUCCCAUUUGUACAGCAGAAUGUGUUGCGCAGAUGAACGGGACCGGGUACAGAAGAAGACCUUCACAAAAUGGGUCAACAAGCACUUGAUGAAGGCACAGCGGCAUAUCACUGACCUGUACGAGGACCUCCGAGAUGGACACAACCUCAUCUCCCUGCUGGAGGUGCUCUCUGGAGAGACACUGCCCAGGGAGAAGGGGCGCAUGCGCUUCCACAAACUGCAGAAUGUACAGAUCGCACUGGACUUCCUCAAACACAGACAGGUCAAACUGGUCAACAUCAGAAAUGAUGACAUCGCUGAUGGAAACCCCAAGCUGACCCUGGGCCUGAUAUGGACCAUCAUCCUUCACUUCCAGAUCUCCGACAUCCAGGUGAAUGGCCAGUCAGACGACAUGACGGCCAAGGAGAAGCUGCUGCUGUGGUCCCAGCGCAUGGUGGAGGGAUACCAGGGGAUGCGCUGCGACAACUUCACCACCAGCUGGAGGGACGGCAAGCUCUUCAACGCCGUCAUACACAAACACAGGCCUACUCUGAUUGACAUGAGUAAGGUGUACCGACAGACCCAUGUAGAGAACCUGGAGCAGGCCUUCAGUGUGGCAGAGAGAGACCUGGGUGUUACUCGGCUGCUCGACCCAGAAGAUGUGGAUGUGCCACACCCAGACGAGAAGUCCAUCAUCACAUAUGUGUCCUCCCUGUAUGACGUCAUGCCCCGUGUACCUGACGUCCAGGAUGGGGUGAAAGCCAAUGAGCUGGAGCUGCGCUGGCAGGAGUACUAUGAGCUGGUGACCCUGCUGCUGCAGUGGAUCAGACACCACAUCAUCGUGUUUGAGGAGAGGAAGUUCCCUACCAGCUAUGAGGAGAUUGAGGUUCUUUGGCGCCAGUUUCUGAAGUUCAAGGAGACAGAGCUGCCGGCAAAGGAAGCUGACAAGAAUCGAUCCAAACAUGUCUACAAGUCAUUUGAGGGUGCAGUUCAGGUGGGUCAUGUCAAGGUGCCCCCUGGAUACCACCCUAUCGAUGUGGAGAAGGAGUGGGGUCGUCUGCAUGUAGCCAUAUUGGAGAGAGAGCGUCUUCUAAGGACAGAAUUUGAGAGGCUGGAGCGGCUGCAGAGGAUUGUCAGUAAGGUCCAGAUGGAGUCUGGGGUGUGUGAGGAGCAGCUCAACCAGGUUGAGGGCCUGCUACAGAUGGAUGUCCGUUUGCUGAACUCAGGAAAGCCUGCUAAGCACACAGCAGAGAUAGAUACAGACCUGGACAAGGCCGAGGGCAUGAUCCGGUACCUCUUCAACGAUGUGCAGCUGCUGAAGGAUGGACGCCACCUACAAGCUGAACAGAUGUACCGCAGAGUGUACCGUCUCCACGAGCGGCUGGUGAACCUGCGCAGUGAGUACAAUCUGCGCCUGAAGUCCGGGGUAACCAUCACCCAGAUGUCCCAGAUGCAAACCCUUCAGCAGGCACCCAUGAGGGUGCGUCCCGAGCUGGAUGAGGUGACCCUGCGCUACAUCCAGGACCUGCUGGCCUGGGUGGAGGAGAACCAGAGGCGGGUGGACCGGGGGGAAUGGGGCUCGGACCUGCCCACCGUGGAGUCCCAGCUGGGCAGCCACCGCGGCCUUCACCAGUCAGUGGAGGAGUUCCAUGCUAAGAUUGGCAGGGCAAAGGCAGACGAGAGUCAGCUCUCCCCUGUCAGCAAAGGUGCCUACAGAGACAACUUAUCCAAGCUAGAGUUGCAUUAUGGCAAGCUUCUGAGUUCUUCCAAGGCUCGUCUGCACAGCCUGGACGGGCUUCAUGCCUUUGUCACUGCAGCCACCAAGGAGUUGAUGUGGCUGAAUGAAAAGGAAGAGGAGGAGGUUAACUAUGACUGGAGCGAACGCAACACCAACAUGACAACCAAGAAAGACAACUACUCGGGGUUGAUGAAAGAGCUGGAGCACAGGGAGAAGAGGGUCAACAGUGUCCAGGUCCAAGGAGACAAACUACUGAAGGAGGGUCACCCUGCCAAGACGACUGUAGAGGCCUUCACUGCAGCACUGCAGACCCAGUGGAGCUGGAUACUGCAGCUCUGCUGUUGCAUCGAGUCCCACCUCAAAGAGAACACUGCCUACUUCCAAUUUUUCUCCGACGUGAAAGAGGCAGAGGAGACGAUGAAAAAGAUGCAGAAGACAAUGAAGAAGAAAUACACAUGCAACCGUAACAUCACUGUGACACGACUCGAGGACUUGUUACAGGACGCGGCUGAUGAGAAGGAGCAACUGAAAGAGUUUAAGACCCAUUUGGAUGGGCUGAACCGGAGGGCGAAGACCAUUGUCCAGCUGAAGCCACGUAACCCAGCAACACCAGUUAAGGGCAAAUUGCCUGUCCAGGCCGUCUGCGACUUCAAACAGAUGGAGCUCACAGUUCACAGAGGGGAGGAGUGUGUACUGCUGGACAACUCUCAGCCGUACAAGUGGAAGGUGCAGAACCCCAAAGGCAGCAAGGCCACCGUGCCCUCCAUCUGUUUCCUGGUUCCUCCCACCAAUAAUGACGCAGUGAGCGGCGUCUCAGGUCUGGACACUAGUCACCAGAACCUGCUGGUCCUGUGGCAGAUGCUGUACGUGGACAUGAAGAGCCUCAUGUCCUGGCAGUACCUGACGAGAGACAUCCACCUCAUCAGCUCAUGGAACAUCACCGCGUUUAAGACCCUGAGGGUGGAGGAGUACAGGCUAGCUUUGAGGAACCUGGAACUCCACUACCAAGAGUUCCUAAGAGACAGCCAGGACUCCCAGCUGUUUGGUGCAGACGACCGCAUGCAGGUGGAGAGUAGCUACAACAAGGCUAGCCAGCACUACGAAGGACUGCUACACUCUCUGGAGAAAGGCUAUGUGUCACCCUCUGGAGGUGAGCAAGAUGAAUCUGAGUGCCGAAGCUACCUGACCAAGAUCAAGGACCUGUGUCUGAAGCUGGAGGGCUGUGAGACUCGCACCGUCGCACAUCUGCGACAGCCCGUGGACAAGGAACCGCUCAAGGCUUGCGCCCAGAGGACCGCUGAGCAGAAGAAAGUCCAGUCAGAGUUGGAGGGCUUGAAGAAAGACCUGACCAAUGUGGCUGAGAAGACAGAGGAGGUGCUGGCAUCUCCUCAGCAGUCCGGCUCCACCCCAGUACUGCGCUCUGAGCUGGAUAUUACGCUGAAGAAGAUGGAGCACGUCUACAGCCUGUCGUCCGUGUACCUGGACAAACUGAAGACCAUCGACAUAGUGAUCCGCAGCACAAAGGGAGCAGAGGACACCCUCAAAAAGUAUGAAGCCCGUUUACGAGACGUAAACAAGAUGCCAACAGAUGAAAAAGAGGUGGAGAACUACCACACCCAGCUAAAGACAAUGCGUGGCGAGGCAGAGGAUGACCAGAAGACGUUCGACAAUCUCCAGGUGGAACUGAAAAAGGCGGGGGCCGUGAAUGAGCGGAUUAAGGUGGUCCACAGCGAGCACAACACCGAGCUGGAACACUACCGCCAACUAGUGGCCGGGCUAGAGGAGCGCUGGCAGGUCGUGUUUGCCCAGAUAGACCUGCGCCAACAGGAACUGGACUUGCUGGGGAGGCAGAUGUGCGCCUACCACGAGAGCUAUGACUGGCUCAUCAGAUGGCUCGGUGAUGCCAAGCAAAGGCAGGAGAAGAUCCAGGCCAUGCCCAUCGGCGACAGCAAGGCCCUUAUGCAACAGUUGGCACAGGAGAAGAAACUCCUAGAAGAGAUCGAGAAGAACAAAGAUAAGGUUGAGGAGUGUCAAAAACAUGCAAGGGCAUAUAUUGACGCGGUCAAGGACUAUGAGCUUCAGGUGGUGACGUACAAAGCUCUGGUGGAGCCCCUGGCUUCGCCCCUUAGGAAAACCAAAAUGGAGUGUGCAUCUGACAAUAUCAUCCAAGAGUAUGUAACUCUGAGAACUCGCUACAGUGAGCUAAUGACUCUGACCAGCCAGUACAUCAAGUUUAUCACGGAGACACAGCGCCGCCUUGAGGACGAGGAGAAAGCUACUGAAAUACUAAAGAAGGAGGAGAGAAAAAAGCUGUCUGAGAUGCAGGCUGAAUUAGACAAACAAAGACAGUUAGCUGAGGCACACGCAAAAGCUAUCGCUAAAGCGGAACAAGAAGCCCAGGAGCUCAAGUUGAAAAUGAAAGAAGAGGUCAGCAGGAGGGAGGUUGUGAAAGUGGAUUCUGAGAAACAGAAGCACAACAUACAGCAGCAGCUGCACGAACUCAAGAACCUGUCAGAGCAAGAGAUCCAAUCCAAGAGCCAGCAGGUUGAGGAGGCACUGUACAGUCACACCAAGAUAGAAGAGGAGAUCCACAUCAUCAGAAUCCAAUUAGAGACCACCAUAAAGCAGAAGGCCACUGCUGAGGCCCAAGUUCAGCAGCUCAGGGACAUGGCUGUCGAGGCUGAGAGACUGAGAAAAGUUACUCAGGAGGAGGCAGAGAAGCUUCGCAAGCAGGUGAAUGAAGAGACUCAGAAAAAGCGUAACGCGGAGGAGGAGCUGAAACACAAAGCGGAGGCAGAACAAGAGGCUGCCAAGCAAAAGCAGAAGGCCUUGGAUGAGGUGCAGAAGUUCAAGAUGCAAGCUGAAGAGGCAGAGAGGCGCAUGAAACAGGCAGAGGAGGAGAAGCAGAGGCAGGUCAUGGUUGCAGAGGAGGUGGCACAGAAGAGUGCCGCCACCGAGCUGCAAACCAAACGCAUGUCCUUUAACGAGAAGGCAGUAAAGCUCGAGGCAUCACUGAAACAAGAACAGGACACUGUUAUUCAGUUGCAGGAACAAGCAGAGCGCCUCAAGAAGCAACAAGAGGAAGCCAACAAAGCCAGGGAGGAAGCAGAGAAGGAACUUGAGAAGUGGAGGCAGAAAGCCAACGAGGCACUCCGUUUGAGACUCCAGGCUGAGGAAGAUGCCCAUAAGAAGAGCCAGGCUCAGGAGGAAGCAGAGAAGCAGAAAGAGAACGCUCAGCGAGAGGCAAAGAAAAGGGCUAAGGCUGAAGAGGCUGCUCUUAAGCAAAAGGAAAUGGCAGAGAAGGAGCUGGAGAAACAGAGGGAAUUGGCAGAGGGAAUGGCCCAGCAGAAACUCUCUGCAGAGCAAGAGCUAAUUCGCCUAAGGGCUGACUUUGACCAUGGUAAGCAACAGAGGUCUCUAUUGGAUGAAGAGCUCCAGCGCCUGAAAAAUGAGGUGAAUGCUGCUGUAAAACAAAGGAAAGAGCUAGAAGAUGAACUGGCCAAAGUAAGACGUGAAAUGGAAGUUCUUCUUCAGAUGAAGUCCAAAGCUGAGAAGGAGACCAUGUCUACAACAGAGAAAAGCAGAAAUCUCCUUGAGUCUGAGGCAUUGAAAAUGAGGCAACUAGCUGAAGAGGCGACUAAGCUGAGAUCAAUUGCUGAAGACGCAAAGAAGCAGAGGCAGGUAGCAGAGGAUGAGGCAGCUCGGCAAAGAGGAGAGGCUGAGAAGAUACUCAAGGAAAAACUGGCAGCCAUUAAUGAAGCAACUUGUCUGAAAACUGAAGCUGAGAUUGCCCUGAAGGAUAAAGAGGCAGAAAAUGAGCGACUUAGGAGAAAAGCCGAAGAUGAGGCUUAUCAGAGAAAGGUCCUGGAAGACCAAGCAAAACAGCACAAGCAAGACAUUGAUGAAAAGAUCACCCAGCUUAAGAAAACUUCUGAUUCUGAAUUGGAGAGGCAGAAGAAGAUUGUAGAGGAAACUCUUAAGCAGAGGAGGGUGGUCGAAGAGGAGAUUCGCAUACUAAAACUAAACUUUGAGGAGGCAUCAACAGGCAAGUUGGAUCUUGAGUUGGAGUUGAACAAGCUUAAAGGCAUUGCAGAUGAGACACAUAAGAACAAAGUCAAGGCGGAGGAAGAAUCAGAGAAACUCAGAAAGCAUGCUUUAGAGGAGGAGAACAAAAGGAAGCAAGCUGAAGAGAAAGUAAAAAAGAUCACUGCAGCAGAGGAAGAGGCAGCGCGUCAAUGCCAGGCAGCUCAGAAAGAAGUGGAGCGCCUUAAAAAGAUUGCUGCUGAUGCUAACAAGCAAAAGGAGGAUGCUGACAAAGAAACAGAGAAACAGAUUAGUCUAGCCAAAGAGGCUGCACAGAAAUGUAGUGCUGCAGAAAAGAGAGCACAGGCUGUUCUGGUCAAGCAGAAAGAGGACAAUCUUUUCCAGGGCAAGCUCAAAGAGGAGUUUGACAAGGCUAAGAAUCUUGUACAAGAAGCUGAGAAGGCGAAAGAGAAAGCUGAGAAAGAGGCUGCUUUACUCCGUCAAAAAGCAGAGGAUGCUGAGAAGCAGAAGAAAGCAGCUGAAGCUGAGGCUGCCAAACAGGCCAAGGCUCAGGGGGAUGCUGAGAGACUGAGGAUGGAAGCAGAGCAGGAGGCUGCAAAGCAAGCAGAAGCUGAGGCUGCUGCUCUGAAACAGAAACAGCAGGCAGAUGCAGAGAUGGCCAAGCACAAAAAGCUAGCUGAACAAACAGUGAAGCAGAAGAAACAAGUUGAGCAGGAGCUGACAAAGGUGAAACAACGACUGGAUGAGACUGAUAAGCAGAAAUCUGUUUUGGAUGAAGAGCUUCAGCGCCAGAAGGAUGAAGUUAGCAAUGCUGUCAAGCAGAAAGCUCAAGUGGAGGAUGAGCUAUUCAAGAUCAAGGUCCAGAUGGAGGAGCUGGUCAAACUUAAGCUUAGAAUUGAGAAUGAAAACCAGCGUCUCAUGAGUAAAGACAAAGAUAAUACUCAGAAAUUCCUGGAAGAGGAAGCUGAGAACAUGAAGAAGCUUGCGGAGGAUGCUGCCAGGCUAAGCUUAGAAGCUCAGGAGGCAGCCCGAGAGAGACAGAUUACAGAGUCCGAGCUUGAAGAACAGAGGGCAAUUGCUGACAAAAUGCUGAAGGAGAAAAUGCAAGCUAUCCAAGAAGCAGCUAAACUGAAAGCUGAGGCAGAGAAUCUCCAGAAACAAAAGGACAAGGCUCAGAAGCAGGCCCAAAAACUGCUGGAGGACAAACAGCAGAUGCAGCAACGUUUUGAGGAGGAGACAGAGGGCUUCCAAAAAUCCCUAGAGGCUGAGCGCAAGAGGCAGCAUGAAGCUACGGUGGAGGCAGAAAAACUGAAGCUUAGGGUGACACAGCUUAGUGAUGCUCAGUCUAAAGCAGAAGAGGAGGCCAAGAAAUUCAAGAAACAAGCAGAUGAGAUCAGGGUUCGUCUCCAAGAGAAAGAGCAACAUGCUUCAGAAAAAGUAAUUGUAGAGAAACUGGAGGUGCAGAGAUUACAGAGCAGCAAAGAGUCUGAUGACCUACGCAAAGCCAUAGCUGACCUUCAGAAAGAAAAUGAGAAAUUACAAAAAGAGGCUGCAGAUCUACAGAACAAUUCUAAAGAGAUGGCCAAUGCCCAACAGGAACAAAUUAAAAAGGAAAAGAUCGUUCUUGAGCAGACUUUCCUGACAGAAAAACAAUUGUUGUUGAAAAAAGAAAAGCUCAUUGAAGAAGAGAAAAAUAAGCUUGAGAAACAGUUUGAGGAUGAGGUUAAGAAGGCCAAAGAUCUCAAAGAUGAGCAGGAUCGUCAAAGGAAGCAGAUGGAACAGGAGAAGAAGAAACUCCACGCUACAAUGGAUGCCGCUGUUAAAAAGCAGAAGGAUGCUGAGGACGAGAUGAGCAACAAGCAGAAAGAGAUGCAGGAUCUUGAAAAGAAAAGGCUUGAACAAGAGAAAUUGUUGGGUGAGGAGAAUGAAAAGCUACGAGAGAAGCUGCAGCAACUUUCUACAUUAAAAACAUCAGCAAAAUCCCACACUAAAGAAAUGGAGAUGCAAACGGAUGAGGUCCCUGAAGAUCAGCUGAUUGCAAUGACAAUGGUGGGAACAACAAAGAAAGUAUUGGAUGGGUCUGCAGUAGUUGAUGGUGAGAAGAAAAACGAAGAAUUACCCUUUUCUUUCGAUGGGAUUAGGGAGAAGGUUCCUGCCAGCAGGCUCCAUGACAUUGGUAUACUGAACAAGAAGGACUUUGAUAAGCUGAAAAAAGGCAAAACCACAGUGAAAGACCUGAGCAAGACUGAGAAAGUGAAAACAUGUCUCAAAGGCAAGAAUAGUGUUGGCGGAGUCUUGACUGCAGCCAAGCAAAAAAUGAGUGUGUAUCAGGCCAUGAAAGAGAAUAAACUUUCUCCUGGCGCUGCCACAAUGCUUCUCGAAGCUCAGGCAGCAUCUGGGUUCAUCAUCGAUCCAGUGAAAAACAGAAUGCUCACUGUGGAUGAAGCUGUAAAGGAGGAAUUAAUAGGUCCAGAACUCCAUAACAAAAUGCUUUCUGCAGAAAAAGCAGCUACUGGUUACAAAGAUCCUUACACUGGAGACAAAAUCUCACUCUUUGAGGCCAUGAAAAAAGGUCUGAUUGAACAAGACCAGGCCGUUAGACUUCUGGAUGCUCAGAUUGCAACUGGUGGAAUAAUUGACCCUGUCAAUAGUCACCGUGUGCCUCUCCAGACAGCCUAUAAGCAGGGCCAAUUGGAUGCUGAGAUGAGCAAAACUCUAUCAAACCCUACUGAUGACUCAAAGUUAUUCAUUGACCCAAGCUCUCAGGAGAGCCUCACUUAUCAGCAACUAUUGGAGAAAUGCACCCCAGAUGCAGAGACAGGCCUACUUAUGUUACCAAUCACAGAGAAAGCUACACAAAGUUACAAGACCUACACAACUGAAGAAACUAAAGAGAUACUCACUAAAGCGAAUAUCUCUGUACCAUUUGGAAGAUUCCAAGGAAAGACUGUGACCAUUUGGGAAAUCAUUAACUCAGAGUAUUUCACAGAGGCACAGAGGAAGGAUCUGAUUCGCCAGUACAAGACCGGAAAAAUUACUGUGGAAAAAAUUAUCAAAAUUGUAAUUAGCGUUGUGGAAGACAAAGAGAAGAGGAAUGAAAUUGUGUUUGACGGUCUGAGGAUUCCUGUCACUGCAGCUGAACUUCUAGAAUCUAAGAUCCUCAAUAAAGACCUGUUCAACAAAUUGCAUAAUGGUAAAACAACUGUCAAAGAAAUCUCUGAGAUGGAGCCUGUUAAGAAAGCCUUAAGGGGUACACAUAGCAUUGCUGGAGUGAUCAUUGAGUCAACAAAUGAGAAAAUACCAUUCUAUCAAGCUGUAAAGGAACAGAUGCUCUCUCCCGAGACUGCAUUGACUCUUCUUGAAGCUCAAGCUGGGACUGGAUUUGUAAUUGACCCUGUCAAAAAUCAGAAGCUCACUGUGGAUGAGGCUGUUAAAUCAGGUCUUGUUGGCCCAGAGAUGCAUGAAAUACUUAUGUCUGCAGAGAGAGCUGUUAAUGGGUACAAAGAUCCCUACACUGGAAAGAAUCUAUCCCUAUUUGAGGCAAUGUUGAAAGACCUCAUUAAGAAAGACCAGGGUAUCCGUCUGCUAGAGGCUCAGCUUGCAACUGGAGGUAUAAUUGAUCCAGUUAAAAGUUAUCACAUCCCACAUGAUGUUGCCUGCAAACGUGGAUAUUUUAACGAUGAAACAAACAAGACCUUGAGCAGCAACACUGAUGAAACUAAAGUUUUCUUUGAUCCUAACAUGUGGGAGAAUGCAUCUUAUGUACAGCUCAUGAAAAAAUGUGUCACUGACAAAGAGACUGGUUUUCCAUUUCUUCCGCUCUCAGAGAAAGCAAUUCAAAAGUCAAAAGAGGGACAUUGUAAGUCAAAAGAGGAACAUCAAUACACUGAGGUCCAGAUCAAAGAUGCCCUGAACCAGGCAACUAUGGAUCUGCCGUAUGGACCUUUCAAAGGAAGGAAAGUCACUAUUUGGGAGAUCAUAAACUCUGAAUAUAUUACAGAGGAACAAAGAAUCGAGUUGAUUCGACAGUACAGAACUGGAACUGUGACUAUUGAAAGAAUGAUUACAAUCAUUGUCACAAUGGUUGAUGAAAAGGAGGCUAAGAAACAGGAAAAGGAACAGGCCAGCUUUGAAGGGCUUAGGUCAUCUGUCACUGCCAGCUCAUUGUUUGAAUCCAAAAUAAUUGAUAAAGCUACAUAUGAUCUACUCCAACAGGGUAAAAAGAAACCCAAAGAAAUCAGUGACAUUGACUCAGUCAGAAAGUACUUGCAAGGAACAGAUGGACAGAUUGUAGGCAUCUAUAUGGGCGAAUCAAAGGAAAAGGUUAGCAUUUAUCAAGCAAUGAAGAAGAACAUAUUGAGACAAAAUACAGGUCUUUCGUUGCUCAUGGCACAAGCAGCAACCGGUUUCAUUAUCGAUCCUGUCAAAAACCAGAGGUACACUGUGGAUGAUGCUGUGAAAGCAGGAGUUGUUGGUCCUGAGGUUCACGAGAAACUUCUGUCAGCAGAGAAAGCAGUGACUGGCUACAGAGAUCCAUACACGGGCAACACGAUUUCCCUCUUCCAAGCCAUGAAGAAGGAGCUUGUGCUACGAGAACAUGCUAUUCCCCUGUUGGAAGCUCAGGUGGCCACAGGAGGGAUUAUUGAUCCAGUCAGCAGCCACUGUGUUCCAAAUGAUGUGGCCUUCCAACGUGGCUAUUUCAAUAAGCAAAUGGCUAAUAACUUCACUGACCCCUCAGGGGAUAUCAAAGCUUUCAUUGAUCCCAACAAUAAUGAAAGUUCCACCUACAAACAACUGCAAGAGAAAUGCAUAAGAGAUGCAGAUACCGGUCUGUGCUUCCUGCCGUUAUCAAAGGCUGAAGCUCAAAGUCCUGUGGAAAAGUCAUACGUAUACACUGAAGAAAUGGCACAGACAGACUUGACUAACACUCAAGUGGAUAUCCCUCAUCAGAGCUAUGCAGGGAAGGUAAUGACCCUAUGGGAUGUCAUGGGGUCAAACCUUCUCCCGGAGGAGGAAAAGCUAAGGCUCCUGGAGCAGUAUCGCCUCGGGCAAAUCACAAAGGAGAGAAUGAUCAUCAUCGUCAUUGAAAUCAUUGAACAAAGGGAGAUCCUGAAAGGAGAGCAGAGCAUGUCCUGUGAUGUGAUCAGACGAAGAGUCACUAUUGAGGAGCUCUAUAGUUCUCGCAUUAUCGACCUUCAAACAUACAAUCUGUUGAAGCAAGAGAAGAAAACUAUCCGGGAGGUCAUGGAAAUGCCAUCUGUAAAGCAGUAUUUGUUUGGCACAGGCAGUAUUGCUGGAAUCCUCUCAGACUCCCCCUCUAAGGUUAGUAUUUACCAGGCCAUGAAGAGAGGUCUCAUUAAGUCUGAUUUUGCUAUCAGUCUCCUGGAGGCCCAAGCGGCAACAGGAUUCAUCAUUGACCCUGUGAAAGAAGAAUUGCUAACAGUUGACGAAGCUGUGCGCAAAGGGCUAGUCGGCCCUGAAAUCCAUGACAAACUUCUCUCUGCCGAGAGGGCAGUCACUGGCUACAAGGAUCCUUACAGUGGAAAAGUAAUCUCUCUCUUCCAAGCGAUGAAAAAAGACCUUGUUCCUGAGGACUAUGCCCUGAGGCUCCUUGAAGCCCAGGCUUCCACUGGGGGACUUAUGGAUCCAGAAUACUACUUUCACCUUCCCACAGAUGUUGCCAUGCAACGCGGAUACAUCAAUAAGGAAACGCAUGACAGAAUCACUGAUCCAAACAGUGAUGUACAAGGUUAUGUUGAUCCAACCACAGAGGAGAGACAGACCUACGCCCAGCUGCUGAAGAGAUGCAAAGCUGAUAAAGAGAGUGGUCUGCGAUUACUUUCACUGGCCGACAGAAGGCUGCUUUUCAAGGGUCUCAGAAAGCAAAUCACCUUAGAUGAGCUGCUUCGUUCACAGAUUAUUGACCAAAAGACAUACAAUGAUCUCACUGAAGGCCUUAUCUCAGUAGAGGAGGUCAGCAGAGAAGUGAAGAAGUACCUUGAGGGUACAAGCUGCAUUGCCGGAGUAUAUGUAGAAUCCAGCAAAGACCGUCUGUCCAUCUACCAAGCAAUGAAAAAGAACAUGAUAAGACCCGGGACAGCCUUUGAACUUCUUGAGGCUCAAGCAGCAACAGGAUAUAUAAUUGACCCAAUAAAGAACCUGAAGCUGAAUGUUGGUGAAGCUGUUAAAAUGGGAGUUGUUGGUCCAGAGUUCAAAGACAAGCUCAUCUCUGCUGAGCGUGCCGUUACAGGCUACAGGGAUCCGUACUCUGGCAAGAUCAUCUCUCUAUUCCAGGCCAUGAAAAAGGGUCUCAUUCUGAAAGACCACGGCAUUCGCCUAUUGGAAGCCCAAAUUGCCACUGGUGGGAUCAUUGACCCAGAAGAGAGUCACCGCUUGCCAGUCGAGAUGGCCUACACACGUGGCCUGUUUGAUGAGGAGAUGAAUGGCAUUCUUACAGACCCAUCUGAUGACACUAAAGGCUUCUUUGACCCUAACACUGAGGAGAACCUCACUUACCUGCAACUGAUGGAGCGAUGUAUGAUUGACCCGGAAACUGGACUAGCACUUUUGCUGUUGAAAGAAAAGAAACGUGAGAGGAAGACAUCCUCUAAAUCGUCUGUGCGUAAACGCAGGGUAGUCAUUGUUGACCCAGAGACAGGCAAAGAGAUGUCUGUAUAUGAGGCAUAUCGCAAAGGACUUAUAGAUCAACAGACCUACAUGGAGCUUGCAGAGCAAGAGUGUGAGUGGGAGGAGAUUACUAUAACCUCAUCUGAUGGUGUUGUGAAGUCCAUGAUCAUUGAUAGGAGGUCUGGCCGACAGUAUGACAUUGAUGAUGCAAUCACAAAGGGCCUCAUUGACCAGUCUGCUCUGGAUCAAUACCGUGCUGGAACUCUGUCCAUCACAGAGUUUGCAGACAUGUUGUCCGGAAACAUAACUGGCACCAGAUCCAGGUCAUCCUCUUUCGGGUCCACAUCAUCUUACUCCAGUAGCCCAGCUCCCUCUAUCAAACCCCCAGCAACAAUAUGGAAUGACCCAACAGAAGAAACCGUGCCUGUGGCUGGAAUACUGGAUACUGACACAUUGGAAAAGGUGUCUGUCACAGAAGCCAUGCACAGAAAUCUUGUGGACAAUAUCACAGGUCAAAGAUUGCUGGAGGCUCAGGCUUGCGUUGGUGGCAUCAUUGAUCCAAACACUGGAGAGAAGUUCUCAGUUUCAGAUGCAAUGAACAUGGGACUUGUGGAUAAGAUCAUGGUUGACCGAAUCAACCUGGCACAGAAGGCCUUCAAUGGAUUUGAGGAUCCCAGAACCAAAAAAAAAAUGUCUGCUGCACAAGCAUUAAAAAAAGGGUGGUUGUACUAUGAGGCGGGUCAGAGAUUCCUGGAAGUACAAUAUCUAACUGGUGGUUUGAUCGAACCAGAGGUCACUGGCAGAGUUCCACUAGACGUUGCAGUCAACAAGGGCACCUUAGAUGCACGUACUGCACAAAAGCUACGAGAUGUCAGUGGAUACUCCAAAUAUCUCACCUGUCCAAAAACAAAGCUUAAGAUCUCAUACAAGGAUGCCAUGGAUAGAAGCAUGAUUGAGGAGGGUUCUGGUCUGCGUCUGUUGGAAGCCUCUUCUCAAUCAAGUAAAGGCCUUUACAGUCCCUACAGUGUUAGCGGUUCUGGGUCAGCAUCCGGUUCCCGGCCCGACUCAAGAACUGGCUCCAGGUCAGGCUCCAGACGAGGGAGCUUUGAUGCCACAGGCUCUGGUUUCUCCACUAACUUUUCCCCCUCCUCCUUCAGCUCGACGAGCUAUGGGCGCAGAUAUAAUGCAGGAUUACAAAGCGGACUUAGCAUGGAUGAGCUAGCACAGGCCCUGACAUCAUCAGCAAUGGGCAGGAACUGCAGUUCUGAAGAGAGAAUAUUCACCACAAUACAACCCAAUUACUCACCAGUUGCCUAAUUCUUAUUAGAAAAAUAGACUACCUUUAUUCUGCUCUGCAUGUCGUUAUUAUGGGGCUUUUCUGCAGUAUAUUAUACAUCUUUUUGCUGGCUUUACAUUUUGUCCAUAGUUUAUUCAGUUAAAUCUUUUUGAAGUACAUUUUUGGUUGCUCUCUUUUGUUUUGUGUAGUCUGGCAAUGUUGCCAUUAUUUAUAUGCUUACAUACAGAAGAGCUGUAUUUUUAGCAACUACAAUUAUAUUGAUAAUAACGUUUUCAGUGUUAGACAUAUUGACAUAUUUUUUUCAUUUUUAAGCCAGCUUGUUAUUAGUUCUAAUUCAUUAUACUUCUAUAGUUACAUUUUCAGACAUUUGAGUAAAAAUUUAAUUUUGAUUUUUAUAUAUUUCUGUUAAAUUCCAUCAAAGAAAGAACAAUAUCUAUUAUAAAGUAUACCUUUUUAUGGCAAAAACAAAUUACAUGUAAAAGCUGUUAAACGGAUGUCUGUCAUUACAAAUAUAUAGAAAGGAAAGCAUCCAAUCUGCAGAGUAGAAUAAGGAGUCACAGGACAAUUACUUAUUAUAACACUGGAAGAAAUGCUUAAACAAAAAUCAAGCUUCAAGAUCUUUUCUCAUCUCGGCUACAGUGCCGCUAAUACUUUGCUAAUGUUUGGAUUCUACCUAUCCCCUUCUUGUAAUAUACAAUGGACUACCAAUCAGUUAAAACUAUGCAGUCUUUAAUACAGUCAAGCACCUUAUGGAGAGAGCAUUCCAAGGAUGGCAAUCCCAACAUAAUAUAACCUGGACAAACUCACUUGAAGUGAAAGAAUGCCCCAAAUCACAAAUCACAAUAACUUCUCAGCAGAACCAUGGCUUCUCUGGAGACUUUUGAAAGCCAUCUCCACUCCUCCUCUGUGUGCUGAUGCUUUGAUGUCUUCCAAUAUCCUGAAAACCUCAAGUCAAAAAGAAGAUCACCGGCAAUGUUCAAGACUGCACCGACAUACAUGUCCAUCAUUUGUUUUAUUUGUUUUUUAUUUUUCAGCCAUUUAUUUAAAAAAAAUAAAGGAUGAUGUUGUUAACUGAGCAAAAUAGAAUGAAUCACUGCUUUGACCGUCUUCAACUUUGACCCUCUGCCUGCUCACCUCCACCUGAUCUCAGUAACAGUCUUUAACCACCUCCACACAAACCACAACCUUGCGUCUAACUUUGACCCUCUGCCUGCUCACCUCCACCUGAUCUCAGUAACAGUCUUUAACCACCUCCACACAAACCACAACCUUGCGUCUAACUUUGACCCUCUGCCUGCUCACCUCCACCUGAUCUCAGUAACAGUCUUUAACCACCUCCACACAAACCACAAUUGCUGUAUUGAAAUGUUUUUGUAAGUGCCUGCAUAUUCAAUGCAUCAAAGGGUUGCGUCGAUUACAAGGUGCGAAUUGUACUGUAAAUUGAGUGAUUCACAACUGGAGAAAAAAACGGACACAGUUCCCAUAGUUCAAAUUAUAUAUUAUCAUUAUUAUCAGGUAUUUCCCAAGUUCAUGACACAAUUUAUGCAUCAUACAGUAUUCAUACCGCAUCAAAACCCUUUUAUUUCUAUAUAAUACAACUAAGAACAUUUGUACAGGGCUAAUAUUUAAAUAAAUGUUUAGAGCUAAAAAUAAUUAUAACAUUUGAAAUGUACUGACAAGCUAUGUACUGUACACUGUAUUAUACACUGAAUGUACAAAACAUUAUGCACACCUUCCUAAUAUUGAGUUGCAUCCCAUUUUGCCCUCAGAACAGCCUCAUUUCGUCGGGGCAUGGACUACAAGGUGUUGAAAGCGUUCCACAGUGAUGCUGGCCCAUGUUGACUCUUAAUGCUUCCCACAGUUGUGUCAAGUCAGCUGGAUGUCUUUUGGGUGGUGGACCAUUCUUGAUACACAUGGGAAACUGUUGAGCGUGAAAAACCCAGCAGGGUUGCAGUUCUUGACACACUCAAACUGGUGCACCUGGCACCUGCUACCAUACCACGUUCAAAAACAGGUACAUCUUUUGUCUUGCCCAUUCACUCUCUGAAUGGCACACAAAAUCCAUGUCUCAAUUGUCUUUAACCUGUCUCCUCCCCUUCAUCUACACAGAUUUAAGUGGAUUUAACAGGUGACAUCAAUAAGGGAUCGUAGCUUUCACCUGUCACCUGGUCAGUUUAUCAUGGAAAGAGUAAUGUUCCUAAUGUUUUGUACAGUCAGUGUAAAUUUGAAAAAUAUCUUUAAGCUUAAUCACUUGUUGCCUCCUAAACCAGUGUUCAUAUUUUCCACCACAAUUGUUUGUUUUAUUGUUCCUUAAAAGUGCUUUCCUUUGUAAAAAAAAUCUAAAUUUCCAUAAUAUUGUCAUACAUAUUUUAUUAUUGCUUUGCAUGUUUGAUCCCCCUUUAAAUGACAUUCAGCUUAUCUUAUGAAGGCUUCAUAAAGCCUUCAUAAGCACUACAUAAAUGUGUUAAAGUAUCUAGCACCGUAUGUCAUGCUUUGUAAAUGGUUCAUAAAUGUGUCAUAAUCACCCAUGUCAAAUGUGACAUAACCCUCUAUGUGGAAUAUGAUAGCAACAUGUGCUUUAUAAAGGGAGACAUGUUGGGUCAAGGGAUUGGAAUACGCUCUAAAGUGAAGUCAUGUUAGUCACAUUACACCUAAUCUCAUUCCCAGACACAUCCGCCCAAAUAUGCGGAAGGUCUGCUUGACCAACACAUUAAACUUGGCCUUCAUUAGUUAGGGUUAGGUUUAAAAUCUUAUUUUAAGAAGAUCAAUUGUGGAAAUGGGCAGGGUUUAGCAAUAAUUAUGACUUUUUAACUGUGUUAACUAGUGAUGAUGACAAGUACUUUAUUCUGUAAUGUCACUCCUAUAGAAUUCUGUGGUCACUCCACUAAGGCCAGCUUUGAAUGGUUGAUAUCACAGGCUUAAAUGUGUGGUGUGUUCAAUAGUCUAGGGACGACAUUACACCAAGAAACACUGACCUUUAUGAAAGCCCCCAACCUAAAAAAUGAAAAUGGCUGUCUUCUGGCGCCAAGUUACAUGUUCCUCAGUACACGCACACACAGAAACAAGCCAUACCGUGCGUUGUUGGGCCCAUCAGGUCUUUGCAAGUCCAUCAGCCCAUUUAAAUACCUCUUACAUCCUACAGUAACCUUUGGAUCAUGAUAGAACCUUCAGAAUUCAGUCGAACGUUAAUAACCUAUUUAUUGACACUGUAGUGUCCUGUAAUACUUGCAUAGUCCUGUAAAGAUGUAUUUUGCAUGACGCUGUACUCAAGUCAGACCCCUUUGGUGAUUUAUAACACAUACAUAAAUGCCUUGUAUCAUAUGAAGCUGUACUGACUAUAAAGUCAGACACCUAUGGUCAUUCAUAACAGACCCAUAAAAGCUUAAUGAUGUAAACACAUAUGUAUUAACACUUAAGAAAUGAUCACUAAAAGCUAAAACAAAUAAACAUUAAAGACGAAUACAUUAAGUUUCAAAAAGUCCAGCAAAGCAAUUAUAUUGAACAUUACACAGGACUGUGAAUACUGUAGCCUGUCCCUGAGCUAGUGGAUUGAUGGUUCUUGCCUCUCUGCCUGCUGGAGGUACUGCAUGUUGGUUCCAACCUUAAAAGUAACAACAAAGAAAGUUAGCAUGUCUGUUUUUCUGUGCAGCGCCAGAAACUCCAUUUGAUUCGUAUUAUUCUAUUAUUUAAUGUACAAAUGUGAUGACAUGACAAUGAGACAUGUCUGUAUCUAAGGGGAUUUUUAUUUAGCUGAGCCUGCUAGCUAGGAACAUUUUGGCUAGCUAGCAAUUGCUGUGAAGUUACCGAAAUUAUUUGAAAUAACGACUGAGGUAGCUACAGUAUGGAAUUUAACUCAACUCUAGUCAAUUUAAAUUACAAGGAAUAAAGGUUAACUUGUUUAUCACUGUCCAGUGGCACCACAAUUGGGCAUUUUGAUUUGCGAACUCAUCACAUGAUCAGCAUCUUGUCGGUAACGCUAAAAAACUAUUUCCGGGUCACGGAAUUGAGGAAUUCUUCCAAAUAAAAGUACGUCAUGUAUUGAAUUCAUAGUAUAAAAGUGUCAAUAAUCUGUAUUCAUGAUAUAUGAAAAAUAGUUGUCUAAACAUUAACAAUGAUUCAUAUAUGUUCAUAUAUAAGUGACAUUUGUAUUACAUUUGGAAUGCGAAUCACUGUACAGUGUACAGUGAGUGUUGCUGGCCUUUUACUCCACCCAAUCCAUUGAUGGUCAUAAUGCUAAUCACUGCACAUAAUCAUCACAUGUGCGAUUGUUCCGUAACAAAAAGCCCUCUAACCAAACAACAAUGCAGGGCAUGAGCACUGAAUUCAAGGGCAACUACACUCAAAAUAUAUGUUUCAUAGAUUUUUCACAUACCUCAAAAGUCAUCCCCUGAUGCGGCUUAAGCUUUGUAGUGAAGACAGAAAAUCAAAUGUUGUAGUUUUUCAAUUAAAAACGUCAAAGAAAAACGAGGGAGAACCUGAAACAAUUGGGGAAAUCUGAAAGCUGGAAAAACAAAACUGAGAACAUUUUAUUUGGGAAAAGAAAACAUAAGUAGGCAAAAAAUCUAAAUGGAUUUUAAAAUGCCUCGCCAACGUGUUUUGCUGUGCGUGACUGCACAGAGUGUGUCAACCUGCAGCACAGUAUUUUGGGGAAAGUUGAGGUCUGGUCCAAUAUUGACUAUGCACACAAGAGGGAAAGAUGUUGUACCAUCCUAGAAAUGUUUUAAAAUAAUAUCAAAUUUAGCAGACGCUUUUAUCAAAAGUGACUCACAGUCAUGCGUGAAUAUAUUUUUAUGUAUGAGUGUUUUCAGGAACCCACUCUCCUGGCAUUGCAAUGCUCUACCAAGAUGCAUGACAGGGUUAUAAAUGCUUUGUGAACCUUCAAUUUAAUAUGAUUUAUAAAGCCUUUAUUAAGCUGUGCUUAUGCCAUCAUUUAUAAAGUACAGGUUUAUGUCAUAUUUGACAUUGUGGGUUAUGUCACAUGUGAGAUUGGUGGUUAUGUCACACAGUUAUGCCACAUUUAUGAACCCUUUAUAAAGCAUGACAUAUGCUUGUAGAUGAUUUGUAACACAUAUAUGUAGUGUUUAUGAAGCCUUUAUAAGCUGCACGUCAUUUAAAGCAGGACAUUUAACUUGGUUGAAAAUAUAAAUAGUUGUAUCCAUUUGAGAAUACAUUUUUGGUUGUGAAGCCUUUUAAAAAUGUUUGAAGGAUUUACUUUAAAGUUGGGUUUUCAAGCAUGCUUACAAUGGCGUUUUGAAAGGGUGACAUUGUACUUUAAUGUAACACCUAACAGAAUGUAAAUAAACUUAUGAGGCAUCAACACAAAAGUC